UAACAAAAGUGGAGCCGCCGCGCCUCCGGCCAGCGCCCCGCGCCCCGCCGCGGCUGUCGCCGACAUGGAAGCCGUGGCCAGCAACAUCCAGGUCCUGCUGCAGGCGGCCGAGUUCCUGGAGCGCCGCGAGAGAGAGGCCGAGCAUGGCUACGCAUCCCUGUGUCCGCACCGCAGUCCGGGCCCGGUCCACAGGAGGAGGAAGCGAUGCCCUCAAGCUCCUGGCGCGCUGGACGGUGGGCGGUCUGUGCACAAUGAGCUGGAAAAGCGCAGGAGGGCCCAGCUAAAACGGUGCCUGGAGCAGUUGAAGCAGCAGAUGCCCCUGGGAGCCGACUGUGCCCGAUACACCACACUGAGCCUUCUGCGCCGGGCUAGGAUGCACAUCCAGAAGUUAGAGGAACAGGAACAGCGGGCCCGGAGGCUCAAGGAAAAGCUGCGCAGCAGGCAGCAGAGCCUACGGCAGCAGCUAGAACAACUCCAGGGCCUGGCAGGGGCUGGUGAGUGGGAGCGGCUGCGGGCAGACAGCCUGGACUCUUCAGGCCUCUCCUCUGAGCGCUGGGACUCAGACCAAGAGGAGCUGGAAGUGGACGUGGAGAGCCUGGUUUUCGGAAGCGAGGCCGAGCUGCUGCGGGGCUUCAGUGCAGGCCAGGAGCACAGUUAUUCACACAGUGGCAUCACCUGGCUAUGACCCUCAACUUGCCUGGGCUCUGCCAGGCAGAAGCCUUCCCCAAGCUCCUGGGGCUGCUAGGAGUCACCUGGGAAAGGACUAAAAGGACCCUGGCGUGGGAACUGGUGCUCCCCCUACCCUACUGCCUGCAGUCCAUCUUGGGGUUGUUGGUGGGGAGAGGGAGUGGUCUGGGUUCCCCUGAGCACUGCAGGGCAGGCAGCUUGGGCCUGGGCCACUCUUCCAGGAAUUUUUUUUUUUUUUGGUAGCACUUGGCUCUGCUGUCCCCAUGGGAGCAGGAAGCCGCCUGGAGUUCCUUCCUAGACAAGGUCUCCGGCGUUUGCCCCACAGAUCCUGUACAGUAUUUUCAUUAAAAACCUCUUUUUUAACUUCUGGUCUAUGUUCUUGCCUGAUGAAAUGGGGGAACUCACAGACAACUGGAAAAAAGGAAAUGUGAUCAGCAGCCACCAACACCACUGCUGCUGACGGCCCAGGCAGUGCCCAGUUCAUCCUCCCAGCUCAGAGUUCCUCUGACCCUACU